AUGGGGUCCUCACAGCGGUCCGUGGUUGCUCCUCUAUCGCCGUAUCUCGCUGCCUUAGCCCUCUCGUCCCCCGUCUUGUCCGUUAACGACGAAGACACUAAUAGCGAGGAUGGAUCCACGCUCCUGUCCCCCGCGCUUGCUUCCCCCGCUGCGCCGAUCUUCCGCUGCCGCUUCCGCACGCCGCUCUUCGGCUGCGUGGCGCUGGACGCGGUGCAGCGGGAGGUGCGCGGACGGCGCGAGCUUGCGGAGCGGGGAGCGCUGCAGGCGCAGCGGGAGGGGCAGCGGGGGCGGAAGCAGCAGGAGGGGAAGCAAACGGCAACGCAAGACAGGCGGAGACCUGCGCAGGAAGGGGGAAGGGGGAGAGGGAUAGACCAGCAGAGGCAAGGAGCGGAAGCAGCGGCGGAUGGGGAGGACGCAGCGCGCAUCAGCCACGAUCUCGCCAUGUUUGUUGGAGGGCCGAUCUGGGCCGUUGAUUGGUGCCCUCUCCCUCGUUACAGUCACACCCAGUACCUCGCUGUCGCGUGUCACCCGCAUCUGCGCCCAUUCUCCCCCCUCGGAGUCCCCCUGAGCGGACCUGCGCUGGUGCAGGUGUGGGCGGCGGAGGAGGACGAGGAGGAGGGGAAGGAGGGGAAGGAGGGGGCGGAGGAGGAGGAGGAACGGGAGGGAGUGAAGGGGAGGCAGAGGGGAGGAAGGAGAGUGGGGGAGGGCCCCAGGCACAGAUGGUGCUGGGGAUUGCACACCAAGGCGGACUCACUCGCUGCACGAGGUGGCGGCCCCUGGUUGGCAGGCGAGACGGCAGGGCAGGCCAAGGAGGAGAGGGGGGUAGCCUUGGGUUGCUGGCGGCUGCUCUGGGAGAUGGCACCGUGGCAAUCUAUCACGUGCCACUGCCACAGCAAGACAACACCCAGUGGCAAAACAGGAAACAGCAGCAGCAGAAGCAGCACCAAAGUCACCAAAGGCUGCAGCACGAGCAGCAGAAUGAGCCGACGCCAUCGCUGCUCCACCCAGCUCCGCAUGGCCCGCUGCUCGCCCUGCAGCCCGUCUUCCAAUGGAAGUCCAACCCAGCCCAUGGCCCCACCAGGCUCCCCUGCGAGAUCGCAUGGAAGGUGGAUUCAGCCCCCUCAUCUCUCACCGCACCAUGCUCCCCACAUCGCUCCACCGACCUGCUUGCUGCCGGCUUCCAGGAUGGUUCCGUCCGUGCUCGUGUGGCGACUGCAGCUUGAUCACCUCACAGCCAAUACACCAUCAGCACAUUCAGCACCAACAGCAGCGCAAGCACCCUCAGGAUCCAAGCCACAGAAGCCACCCCUGGCACCCGCCGCACGAACGACAUUCUCACACAGCCCCAUCCUGUCCUUCCGUGCGGAUUCGGGUCUCAUCCGCUCCCUUGCGUGGCUGCCUACGGGACCCUUGCCACCUAAAUUGUUGGAGGAAGGGUUGGAGGAGAAAGAGUUGGGAUCUGAAGAGGAGGAGGAGGAGGAAGGGGAGGGGGCGGUGGAUGAAGAAGAGGAGAGCACAGUGCUCAUUGUGGGCGGCCAGUCGGGCAUCUUGAAGUUCUGGGACCUCAGGGAUGUGUUUCAGCCGGCAUACGAGACCCCCACCAUCUCCAGGCACGGGGUGCUGCAACUGCACUUCUGCACUCCCCUACGGGCGCUGGUGAUGGCCAUGGAGGAUGGGUCGCUGCGAGUGCUCGCCAUGCGCUCCUCGCUCUCGCACCACCCGGCGCUGCCCUUCCCGCUCAACCAGCAGCAGCAGCAGCAGGGAAGGCAGGAGCACAAGGAGGAGAAGAAUCGCUACAACCGGCGCUGGGUGGUGUCGACACUCUCCCUCAGCACCGCUGCAGUGUGGGGCGCCUCUGCCUCCGACGCCACAGGAUGUGUUGCAUUCGGCGGGGCGGACGGAUCAGUCCGAUGCGUUCAGGUGUGUGUGUGGCCAUCUGCUCCUGUGAUAUACCCCCCCUCUACUUUCUCCCUCUGCUCGUCUCGGCAGCUGAGCAACAACUUCCUUAUUAACCGCCACAGCCGCAGUAAGCAGGCCGUCAUUACAGUGGGGGGAUUCAACCAGAUCCUGCCGCCGCCCGCGCAAUCUAGCACGGAAGCUGACACAUCAGCGGAUGAGUCAUUCGAGCAUCGGUUUGUCUUCUUCCGAGGUGGGUCCAGUGAAGAAAUAGAUGGGGAGGCAGGGCAGAAGGGGAAAGGGAAAUUGAAGAAGGGACGGAGGGAUGGAGGGGAGGAGGCGGAGGUGGAGGAAGAGGGUGGGCACACAGCAGAGUAUGGUGGGGGAGUGGUGUGCGGCAAUGCAUUGGGAUGCAAAGCGGUUGCAAUGCACAGAGUGGCGUGGAAUGCUAAUCGAGGGUUUCAGCAGUGGCUGGCAAGUGGGGGUGCUAAUGGGGUGCUCCGCUGUCAGCUGUUUCACCUGCCGUCGGAUGGCUAA